AUGGCGUAUCAGGGUGUGACCUGCCGAGAAUUCCUGAAGCCCCAGUCUUCUUGCUCCCAGAUUGGUGUUUUGGUGCACUGUAGGUUCAAACUGUCUAAAACUCCAACAUCAGGCUCCCGGGCUAUAGAUUUAGAUCAGUGUGCUGGCGUGCCAUGGGUAACACUUGCCCAAGAACCCAGAGUCAGGCUCUGUUUUCCACAGACUUAUAAAGAUAUGAGAAAGACUCAAUACAAGUUUUACUGGAGGAAAGCUGCAUUAUAUGCUGAUUGGAGGAAAGAAGAAUUUGAGGCUGCAACUGUGACCCUGGAUGCAGACACUGCCCAUCCUUCACUCUCACUGUCUCAAGACAGGAAGUGUAUAACCUGGCAAGAAGAGGAUCAAAACCUACCUGACAACCCACAGAGAUUCAGUUCUCUUGCUUGUGUCCUGGGUCAGCUGCAAAUCACCUCUGGGAGAUAUUUCUGGGAGGUGGACAUUGCAGACACAGUUUCCUAUGAUCUGGGAAUUUGUAGGGAUAAUGUAACAAGGAAGGGGAGAGUCACAAUCUCUCCACAGAAUGGUUUCUGGGGAAUUAGGCUUUACAACAAGGAAUACUGGGCUCUCACCUCCCCAGAAACUCUUCUUACUCUAAGACAGCACCCCCGUAGUGUGGGGAUAUUCCUAGAUUAUGAUGAUGGAGAUGUGUCAUUCUAUAACAUGACAGAUGGAUCUCAUAUUUUCUCCUUUCCUCAGAAUACAUUCCAAAGUAUGUUAAGACCUUUUUUCAGGCUUUGGGACUCUGACUCAGGUUCCUUGACUAUUGUGCACUGAAUGAAAACAGAGUGACCCUGGAAUUCAGAAGUGUAUCCAUUUUUCACAAAAUUAUGAC